GCCCAUGUAGCUGAUGUGCCAUCUUAUAUUCAAGAGGUAUGUACAAUUGUAUUUCUUGGUGGAAUUGUAUCUAAGCCUGCUGCUUUAUUCACUAUGCCAUAUUGCUGUCCUUAUCAGAUCGAUUUCAACCCGUGAAACUUGACCAACUUUGCUCUUGUGUUGUGUCAUGCUCUGUACCAUUGCAACUUAAGACAAUGGCUUGCAAUUUUAUUUCUUUUCUCUUUGUGAAAAAUAUAAUAUUCUAAAAGAAAAAAAAAAAAUAAAAAUGACUGGCAACGUUUGUUACUUAUAUCCAGCUUAUUCCUAUCAAUAUGAAUUAAAUAAUUUGAAAUAUUUAUCAUACAUGGAAGCAUAACAUACAUUGAAAGCAUCAUAAUGAUUAGAAGUCCAUAUUGUCCUUUUUUUAUCAUUGUCAACUUGGCUGAUAUCUGAAGCGCACACUUUUCUUUCAGCAACAAGAAGUUGUAAUGUGUGAGUCGGCAAAAUUAGUUCAACAAACAACAAGGUAUUUAAUUUUAAUUAUCUACACUAAAUGCAAACUUUUGCAAGGCAGUUAUAUAAUGAUUGUUGCACAAACCUUUACAAGGCAGUUAGUUAUUGCUUGUCGUACAAACCUUUACAAGUUAGAUAUUGCUUGUUGUACACACCCAUCAUUAGAGAAUGGAUUACUUGGUAUAAGUAAAAUUUUUAGCAAUUUGGUUACCCUGUACACAGUUUGUUAAGCAAACAACACAAAAAUGGUCAAUUUUCUUAAUAAACCUAUUAUGUUUUCUUGAAACUAGCAAUCACCAUUGUGAAUGGCCAUAAUUCAACGAUAAAGCUAGCAAUUACCACUGUGAAUGGCCAUAAUUCAACCAUUUUCUAACAACUUAAAUGUUAAUUUUGUUUUAUUUCCCCUUAUAGUGCAGCAGAAAAGAAUGUUGUCCAUAGGGUUCCUCUGGUAAAUCAACUGACCUUCCUUGGUCAAUCCUUUAGCCGCUUAGUUGAUUGCACCCUUGGGUACUUAGUGCAGGUGGGUUAUUGACUUAUUAUAUAACUAUUGUCAACAAAAUCAUCUUUACUUGCUAGCAAUGUUAACACUUUAAGUUAACUUAAGUUUGGAAAAUCUGAAAUUUACAUUUUCCAUUACAUCAGGCCUGCACAACUCAAAAUGUAAGGCGGAUCAUAAUACUUUAUGAAAAGCUUGUGCGGGCCGAAAGAUGGUAGGACAGGGAGGAAAGCUAUUUAGAAAAUAAUAAUAAUAAAGAAUAUUUCGUUACUUCUUUGCCAUUCCGUUAUGAUUUCUUCUUGUUGAGCUCCUUUAUUUCAUUUGGGAAAGAAGGUUAGUUCAGAGAGGAGUAUGUGAGACAAAUAACAAGUUUUCUCUCUAUAAAAAAUGGUCUAAUCUUAAAUGGGUUUGGGAAGACAUGGUGAUGUAGUGUAACAGCCAAUACUAGUUGUGCCAGAGUUCAGGUUAUUUUUUUUCAUUUCUUAUCAUCUCACUAAAAAAACUAUUGAAAGAAACCCUGCAAGAUCUUUCAAUAAGAGUCUCAAUAAUAGUCUCAAUAAUAGUCUCAAUAAUAGUCUCAAUAAUAGUCUCAAUAAUAGUCUCAAUAAUAGUCGCAAUAAUAGUCUCAAUAAUAGUCGCAAUAAUAGUCGCAAUAAUAGUCUCAAUAAUAGUCUCAAUAAUAGUCUCAAUAAUAGUCUCAAUAAUAGUCUCAAUAAUAGUCUCAAUAAUAGUCGCAAUAAUAGUCUCAAUAAUAGUCUCAAUAAUAGUCGCAAUAAUAGUCUCAAUAAUAGUCUCAAUAAUAGUCGCAAUAAUAGUCGCAAUAAUAGUCUCAAUAAUAGUCUCAAUAAUAGUCUCAAUAAUAGUCGCAAUACUAGUCGCAAUAAUAGUCUCAAUAAUAGUCUCAAUAAGCUUUAGGGGUUGAAGGGGACCUUUGUAAGAGAUUUGCAAACUUAAAGAACAUGAAGACAGAAUGAUAGGAGCCAAAAUGAUCAAUAAAUUGAUCGUGGGCCCUUAAGAUAUAGAAGAAGAAGAAGACUGGGCACAUUCAUUCAGGAGGUUUGGUAACAAUUACGUCGUGUGCCACACUUCGUGUAGAGAAAAACUUUUACUAGAGCCGUUAGAUUAUUGUUAAUGAUUAAAUGUAAUGAAUUGUCUUCUUUAAAUGGCUUCCAGCUUUAUUAGUUGUUCAAAUUUUUUAUUAUAAGAAAAUAUGUUUUUAAUUUUCAGAAAAUAGUAAAGAUGCUGGAGUCAUGCACUGGCGUGUCUUCUCUUCAUGUCGUCAUCAACAAUAUCAUCACUCUGGGACUGGAGGGGGAACACAUGUGUUACAUGCUGGCAAGGGUCAGUCUUAAUAUAGAUUACAAUAACAACAUUUUGUAUAUAGUUAACAAUAACAACCGUUUGAUUUAAUUUAAAAAUUACAGCCUCCUCUGUAAUAAAACAACACACACAAAAAAUAGUGCAAGGCACUAAUGUAUUGAUCUUAGGUAAGUAGAUAAAAAAAGUAUUGUUUUGAAACCUGAUGGCAUAUGUAUUUCUUUCUUUCAAUAUGAUAUAAUAUAUUUUAAAACAUUACACUUUAUUAUUUGGUUAAAGUUGACCUUUCUUGAACAUUUGCAGGAAGGUGGUGUACGAGCUCUUGUUGAUGUAUGCAGAAGAGAAAAUGUGGCAUUCACAAGGUCAAAAGCCUUGAGGGCUUUGGCCACCAUUUGUUGUGCCCCAGAAUGUGUUGCUGAGCUGGAGAAGGUAAACCACACUGUGUAAUUGACACGUUGACUGAAUGAAAUAUAUUCUGGUCACCCAGCGAAUUUGAGAUAGUGAGAAUAAAAUACUGGGUAGAAGGAUUUAAAUUAAACACCUGAGUUGGAAAGUUAAACAUUUCUUGUGUAAAAUAUAUUAUUAUUAUCUUCGGCAGCAGCUACUUAAAAAAAAUGUUUAGGUUGGCAGCCUCUUUGUUUUUCUACUUCAUUGUCUUCCUGUGUAAAGCCGGUGGACCAUUAGGCCAUCUGAGGAUCUCUCUCUCCAUUUUUCUGCUCUCAAUAUCUCAAUUCCAUCCUUCUGUCUGCCUUUUCUACUUUUGAUAAAUCUAUAAAACAACCUUAAAACUUAAUCUACAGGAAAGUGGUAUUGACCUUUUGAUGGAUAUCUUAACUGAUGAAAAUGUGAUAGAGUCUGUGCAAGGGGAAGCUGCUGGCGUUGUUGCUCAGAUUACUUCCCCUGUGUUAGACCAGAACCAACACCUCUGCCGUUUUGCAGAAUCCUUGCAAGUUAUACUUACAGCAUUGUUAGGUGGGUUGUCAAGUUAUACUUACAGCAUUGUUAGGUGGGUUUUCAAGUUAUACUUACAGCAUUGUUAGGUGGGUUGUCAAGUUAUACUUACAGCAUUGUUGGGUGGGUUGUCAAGUUAUACUUACAGCAUUGUUAGGUGGGUUGUCAAGUUAUACUUACAGCAUUAUUAGGUGGCUUGUCAAGUUAUACUUACAGCAUUGUUGGGUGGGUUGUCAAGUUAUACUUACCAAAUUAUUAGGUGUUUUGUCAAGUUAUACUUACAGCAUUAUUAGGUGGCUUGUCAAGUUAUACUUACAGCAUUGUUGGGUGGGUUGUCAAGUUAUACUUACCAAAUUAUUUAGGUGUUUUGUCAAGUUAUACUUACAGCAUUAUUAGGUGGCUUGUCAAGUUAUACUUACAGCAUUGUUGGGUGGGUUGUCAAGUUAUACUUAGCACAUUAUUAGGUGGGUUGUCAAGUUAUACUUACAGCAUUGUUAGGUGGGUUGUCAUGUUAUACUUACAGCAUUGUUAGGUGGGUUUUCAAGUUAUACUUACAGCAUUGUUAGGUGGGUUGUCAAGUUAUACUUACCACAUUGUUAGGUGGGUUGUCAAGGUAUACUUACAGCAUUGUUAGGUGGGUUGUCAGUUAUACCUACAGCAUUGUUAGGUGAGUUGUCAAGUUAUACUUACAGCAUUGUUAGGUGGGUUGUCAAGUUAUACUUACAGGUUGUUAGCUGGGCUAGAAAGUUUUGCUUGCUAUUCACAAAACAUGUUUUUCCGUAUAACUUAUGAUCCCUUUUGUGUGUGAGCAAGGUUUUUUUUUAUGUUGACUUUUAUGAUGAAAGACAUUCUUAUUGCUUGGCAGGUUUAUGUGAAAAGACUGAAGGUCAUGAGACAUUCCUCCUCUCAGCAGCGGCAGUUGCUAACAUUACUUUUAUUGAUUCAUCUGCUUGUGGCCUGCUGCAGGAGAUGAAGGCGCCACAGUUACUUGUGAAAACAUGUAUGUGUAGGAAAGCCAGAUCACUUUUUGCCAAGGACCAGGUACAACUUCUUAAUCAAUAUUUUGUUAGCAAUGGACUGAAGUACAACUAGAAAAAAAAUGACACAAAUUAAAUUAAAUUCGUAUUACAUUCAGGUUUCUUCUUGUAUCUUGAAAAAAUACUGAGCUUUGAACUAUAUUAGAAAAAAUAAUAUUUCAUUCCCUCAUUUAAUAAACAAUAAAGUUGCUUGAAGACUUCAUUGUCCUGUAAUAACUUAAACUGGCUUUUUAAAAAUUUCAGCAGUAAUUAUUUGCUUUAUGGUUCUAGCUCAUCAUGACAGACUUAUUUAGCUGUCAAAACUAAUGUUUACUUUUAUCAUCAUUAGAUUGUUGCAAAAUUAGCCUUUCCCUUACAUUGUAAACAAUAAAUAUUAAAUUUGCCUCAUUUUAAAUUUAAAGUUAUCCUCAAUUACCAUAUGUAUUGGCGUAUAUCAUGCACUUUUUCUCCCCGAAAAUAGGGGGCAAAUCAUGUGUGCGUGUUAUACGCCAAUAUAAUGUUUAUUUUUUUUUCUCUGAAAUUUCCUUCUUAAAUUGAGGUGCGUGUUAUACGCUGGGGCGUGUUAUACGCCAAUAAAUACGGUAAUAUAAUCCUAAAAAAUUGUAGUUAUCAUACAUUAAUAUAAUCCUAAAUUGUAGUUAUAAAUUAAUAUAAUCAUAAAUGGUAGUUAUCAUGAAUUAAAAUAAUCCUAAAUUGUAACACAAUAUUUGAUUUCCUGGCCAUGCCUCAGGUAGCAACUAUUCUUGCCAACAUGGCUGCCAUCAAUGGGUGCCAGGAGAGUAUCAGAUGCUGUGGGGGGCUUGAUCUUCUUGUCAGCUUCUUACACCAGAAACCAUGCCUGCUGUCCAGUACAGCUGAGAGAUCGGCUUGUGAGCGUGUCCAACAGAAGGCAGCUAUAGCUCUGAUGCGUCUGUGUCAGGAUACCCGCCAUACUUAUAAAGUCAUACGGCAAAAAGGUGAUACUUAGGACUUUUUCUGAUACAAAAGUGAUUUAUCAAAUAAAAUUUCAUUUUUAAAAUGAUCUUUUACUGCAUUUUAAUGAAACCAUGCAAUUUUAAAAGUUUGUAAGAUAAUUUUAUUUCCUCCUUAAUUGGAUAUUUAAAAUUUGAAACAAUAUGUUUGUAAACCAAGAGCAUUUUUUAUUAUUCAACAUUUUUAGCCUGGCUUGUCAUUUUCAUUUUAGGCAUUCCAAGGUUUAUAGAGUUGUGUCGUGACUCACAGGCCAGGAACAACAGUGAUGCUGUGUUAGUAGCAUGUCUGGUAGGAACAUUAAUAUUAUAUUUUUAAUGGAGGCCAUCAUCUAUAUUUUAUUUUUUUAAUAGCAUUUAAGUCAUACUUAUGCAGCUUAAUCAUAGUAAAAAGCACUGACUGUAUAAGGUAAGUUUUAUCCACAGUUGGGAAAGAUUUUCAGUGCAUACUAAAGUUAAUCAAUAAAUAUUUACUAGCAGAAACACCAAUUCUUUUAUGACAUGUAUAUUUUUUAAAUGGACAUCAUCUGUGUUUUUAUGCACAAGUUUUAACAGGUUUGCCAUUGAUCCCACCAGGCUGCUCUUCGUAAAGUCUGCACUUUGUAUGGACGUGAUGGCAUCUCCAACUUGGAUUACCAGCAGCUGGUCACGCCUCAACUGAUGGAUUCCUUCCUAAUGUGUUCACACAGUGAUGAGAACUUUGUGUAA